UGUGGGCAGCGGCGCGGUCGCUGCGUUUGUCAGUCACAUUGUAAGGUCUCCAAUACCCAACUCUAGUCAUACGCGCGCAGCAUCACAAACAAACAAAGCAUGCGAGGUAGACGCAAAGCCCAGAACCGUCGGUCAGGAACGUUCGACCCAGAAGAUGCGAAAAAGGUCAAACAUACACGCAUUGGCGUGUGGGACUUCUACGAAGAGAAACGACCAAUACUAGGAUGGAAUAUUCCCGGGACAUCGAUGGUCGAACACUACCUGGAUAUGACCCGGAGUUUGCCAUAUGUAUGGCGCAUGAUGAAGGACAUCUCACAAAUCAGAAAUUGCUGGCUUCUUGUAGUAUUAUACGUCUUCAUCGAACUCGCACACUCAUUGAUCCCAGCUGCAUCACUAUGGUAUUCUGGUCAGCUACUAUCAAUUGUACAAAUCGCGAUAGACACGCGUACCGUUGACAAGGACUUCCUUGUACGCAUCUCUGUCGGCCGCAUGGGCUGCGCCGUGCUCGGCCGUCUGCUCGGUCAUGCCAAGAGCACAAUAUCCUACCCGCUAGCAAACCGUCUCAAACAAUACUACACCGUCCACCUGUUCCAUGCCCGCGCUCGCUUGGACCUGCCGACUUUCGAGGACCCCGCCGUUCAACGCCAGCUCGAGGAGGCGAGCCAGGCGUCCCAAGGGGGCGUCGCAUGGGAUACCUUCUCGAUGACGACGUCUGCUGUGUCUACAGCGCUGCAUAUCACGUCUGAGGUGUCGAUGCUCGCGACGAUCCUGAAGGAUCAGCCAGAUGGCAAGUUGCUGGCAACGAUCAGCCUAUCACAGAGUCUCCUCGAUUGGUUCUCAAAGAGCAACUCGAUCGACAGAGGGCACGGCGUCUGGGCUGCGACGACACGCAACCAAGACUUCGUCAAGAUGCAGGGGCUCAAACGCGUCGUCUCGUACCCUGAGCACCGCAAGGAGUUUGUCGCCGGGAACCUAGCAGAGUACUGCACGACAGUGUUCAAGGAAGCCGCUCAGCGUGUCGGCGACCAGGCCGGUGACUUCUGGGAAGUCAGACGCCAAUGGAAGAGCCGUAAACGGCUAUCCCUUGCGUCCCUCCUCAAAGAGCCCUGGAAGGAGCUCCCGCAGAUCGUUUUCACCCUCCGCGCAGUGCAAUAUCCAGCAUCCAUUCCUGUCUCCCUUGCCUCUCUGAAUCUCAUCCAACACACCGCCUCCAGCUUUGGCUGGACGGUGUACCGGUUCAUUGACCAAUUUGGGUCGAUCGCGGACCAGCUGGCUACUGUGCGCAAAUUGUACGAUAUUGUCAACAUCCCAAACCGCAUAUCGGAUGGCACUCUACCGUUCCCCGAGGACACGCAGAAGGCCAAGGCGGGCAUCACCGUGGAAUUCAGGAAGGUAUCGUUCCGCUAUCCGGAUUCAGAGGAUUGGGCACUGCGGCAUGUCUCUUUCAAGCUUCUUCCCGGUCAACUCUGCGUCAUCGUCGGUGCUAAUGGGUCCGGCAAAAGUACCGUCUUGAAGUUGAUCAUGCGCCUCUAUGAUGUCGAGGAGGGCGAGAUCCUCAUUGACGGCAGGGACAUCCGCACACUGAAACUGGGAGAUCUUCGACAAGCGGUCUCAGUGCUCUUCCAGGACUAUACGCACUUCCCAUUGUCGAUCCGCGACAACAUCGCCCUCGGCAAUCCAGGCCACGCGACGAACGACGACCAGGUCCGGCUCGCAGCCAAGCUCGGCGGGGCGGAAGAGUUCAUCGAGCGCCUCCCAGAGGGGUUCGACACGUAUCUCGAUCGGCCAGUGACAGACUACUAUUCCGGUGUCCCAGAGGGAACGAAGACCCUGUUUGGACGGCCGGUGGAGUAUGCGGGCCUCCGCGGGAUAACAGCGAUGCAGUCGAACACGGGGCAUAGCCUGAGUGGAGGACAGAUGCAGAGGCUGGCAGUGGCCCGAACCUUCAUGCGCUCAAUAGUGGCCGAAGACAGUACUGUGGGGCUGCUUUUAUUUGAUGAGCCUAGUGCAUCGCUAGACCCUACAGCUGAACAUGACCUCUUCACUCGGCUGCGACAGCUGCGGGGCGACAAGACUAUGCUCUUCUCAUCACAUCGUUUCGGGAACCUGACGAGACACGCAGACCUGAUCCUAUACAUGGACGACUCUGCUAUCGAAGAGGCGGGGACGCACGCAGAGCUCCUAGCUCGGGAUGGUGGCUAUGCAAGGAUAUGGAAGCUUCAGGCGCAAGCGUUCAUAUAGCCCAGGACCGGUUCCUUGGACUUUGGUGCUUCAUAUUGGGCGCUUUGUGUAAGUAUCGCGUGCAGGCACUGUUAAUUAGACAAUCCAGUCUCUUCGGAUGUAACGAUUGCAACAUGAAGCGGACAUCUGUCGCCGACUUCACAGUCUACGAGCC